UAUUUCCUGUCCUGGAAAGCGCGCGUCACACUCUGAUACAUGUUCAAUAUGACAACUUGCUAAUUAGUGUUUACUGUUUACAAAAUUUUAACAAAUGCUAUGGAUAAACAUUUUGACAGAGUCGACUCGUGGAAUAACUUGUUGACAUGUAAGCAGAAAAGAUGACCUAACUGAAUGGAGAAGAAGGUGACAAGGGUCAGUCCGGCUGCCCGGACGGACACAAUAUCCUACGAGAACGCAGGGACCCCUAGCCACAACAAGAGCAUGAUCAGUCUCCAUUACAACGAGGAGGCAGUGGACGCAGAGGUGGUGGGGGCUGCCCCAGUGGAGACAAUGACUUUUGAACAAAGGUGGAUUCGGGACAAUAUCAAAAUGAGAGUGUGUAAGAAGUUUGUAGAGAAAUCUAUGGAAGUCAACAGUGAUUUGCUGCCUCCCCUCCGAGGCCUGGAAAGGGGUUCAUCUCGUGUACAGUCAGAGAAUGAGACAAUAUGCAGGUGUGGGUACCUGAAGUCUGCCCACCCCCCCUCCCUGUCCUCGUCAGGGUCCUCGGGACUGGAGGACUGGAAGGUCGACACCCACACUAAGUCAACCAGAACCAAUGCGUUUGGCACUGUUGAAUUUUUGGGUUUUGGAGAGAAUGAAAGAAAUUAUGUGCGUGUGGAUGUGAACACAAAGAUGGAGGACAUGAUGGAGCUGAUGAUGGAUGUCUGGGGUUUGGAAAAGCCCAAUCUGCUGAUCUCUGUCACAGGGGGUGCCAAAAACUUUACCAUGAAACAGAAAAUCAAGGAGGAGUUUCGCCGCGGUCUGAUGAAGGUGGCUCGUAGUACAGGUGCUUGGAUCAUUACCGGUGGGACCAAUGCUGGGGUUAUGAAGCAUGUUGGGGAGGCAGUUCGAGACUAUGGGCUGGUGUCGGCCUCCACGAAUCCCAUCAUAGUGAUAGGUGUGGCCACCUGGGGCUGUAUACAAAAUAAGGAGGACCUCACUGAUUCUGAGUGUCGUGGAAAAUGGCCAGCAUCAUACCGGCUCGGAAAGAAACAGCGACCAAAAGAGAGUUUUCUGGACCCGAAUCAUACUCACUUUGUUCUGGUGGACAACGGAACUCAGCACCAUUUUGGAGUAGAGAUUCCAUUCAGAGCCAGGAUGGAGAACUCCAUUGCCAACAUGAAAACCAACACUGGCAAAAAUGCAUCAGUUUAUGUUCCUGUGGUACUGUUGGUGUUGGAGGGAGGACCAGGAACAUUGGAGACGGCCCACCAAGCUGUCGCUAAUAACACACCUAUUGUCAUUGUCCAGGGUUCUGGAAGAGCAGCGGACAUUUUAGCAUUUGCAUACCAGAAUUCAAUUGGAGAAGAGAUAGAUGCAUCAGAUCAGGAGGGCAAAACAAAAAAGAUCACACAGACAAUAUUUGAUGCUUCAGUUGAAGCAGAAAUAAGAAACCAGGUUGAGGAGAACUUUGGAAAGAAAAAUCUUGUCAGUCAUUGUGAGAUGGUGAAAGAGACACUGAAAAACCGGGACCUGGUAACUGUAUUUGAGUUCAGUAUUGGAGGUCGGGGCACAGCUAAAGAUAUUGACAAAGCCGUCCUACAGGCAUUACUCAGGGCAAACAAGGAUCAGAUAUUUGACCAGUUGAAGUUAGCACUGGCCUGGAACAGAAUAGAUAUUGCCAAAAGUGAGAUCUUUACAGAUGAUCGCUUCAUUCAACCCAACAUGCUGUUUGAGAUCAUGCAGUCUGCCUUGAUUCUGAAUCGAGUUCGCUUUGUAGAGCUGUUGAUGGAUAAUGGCGUAAACCUCAAAGACUUCCUCACCAAACGGAGACUUCUCAAGCUCUACAACCAUAGAGACUUUUCUAACUCAUCAUAUCAAGUUCAAGAGAUAAACAAAAAUACCCAACUGUACCAGCUGCUGGAUAAAAUUCGAAGAAAAAAUGGGAAUGCGAAGUAUAUCUCCCUGGUGGAUGUGGGGUGCUUGAUCCAGGCCCUGAUUGGGGAUUUCUACACACCCUGGUACCUGUUGGAUCCCAAAAUCCGGGACAUGGAUGUCGAGUACUUGCUAGAUGGGGUAUCCGCUAAAGGCAUGGGGAUGCCUGGCAUCAAGAAAGGGAUACUGUCCAUGGCAACAGGGAAGAAGCAAGAAUCCAUGGAUGAUGGCUUUUUGACCUCAGAUGAGUACCAAGUACCAGACUUUGAUAACCCUUUCCAAGAACUGUUUCUCUGGGCAGUUUUACUCAACAGGCAGGAAAUGGCCAAAAUUUUAUGGAAGGGAGGAAAGGAUGCCACAGCUGCAGCUCUUGUGGCUAGUGGGAUGUUGAACACCCUAGCUAGAGAGACGGAUGACACAGAAUUAGCCAAAAAACUCAAAGCCAACUCACAAGAAUUCUCAAAUCUUGCCAUAGCAGUGUUGAAUGAGUGUUACGAUGUGGAGGAGAAGAAGGCUCAAAAUCUCCUCAUUCGGGAGUUGGAACACUGGGGAGCAGCUACGUGUGUACUGCUGGCGGUGGAGUCCAACAACAAAAAGUUUAUCUCCCAGACUGCCUGCCAGACUUUGCUUAACAACGUUUGGAUGGGGCACCUGUCCCUCGAUAAUCAAAUGUUACAGUUGUUGCUGUGUGUCUUUGUGCCUCCACUGAUAUUUCCUGUCAUCAAAUUUAAAGAGGAAGCUGAACAUGACGUAAUGUCUGGGAAACACCAAGAACAGAGGGCAGUUCUAAAAGAGGGAAGGAGAAAACUUGAAAAGCAGAAGACUUUGAACUCAAUACCUGUGAAAGAAGAGAAAGAAGAAAGUCCUGUGGAUUAUGAAUCAAAAUCAUCUAGUCUCAGCUUUUGGAAGAAGCUGUAUUAUUUUUACACAGCACCUGUUAUUAUAUUUGCACACAACGUGUUGUCGUACGUGAUUUUCCUGGGAUUAUACAGCUACAUUCUCCUGGUGAAGUUCUCGAAAGACGUCACAGAAGAAGAAAUUAUCCUUAUUAUCUGGGUGUUCAGUAUAUUCGCUGAGGAGGUCCGACAGUUGUUAUCGCAGUAUUCAAUAUAUGAGAGAAUUACAAUAUACCGCACGUCCACGAAUCAAAAUGCCCCACACGGCAUCAACCCCAGUGCUUCCAAUCACACUCAGAGUUUUCGAGGCAAAAAUCACUCAUUUCAUCCCCCACAAAAGAUGAUGUCCUCUUCAACAAAGACCUUCAAUACCAAACUACACAGCUACAUCACCGAUCCCUGGAACAUAGUGGACGUGGUGACCAUCAUUAUGUUUAUCGUGGGAAUCACCUUGCGCUUCCUUCCCUACUCGUCCACGCUGGAGGCCGCCCGCUGUGUUAUGGCCCUUAAUCUGGUCAUCUUCUUCUUUAGAAUCUUGCAUAUAUUCUCUGUUCACAAACAGCUGGGACCCAAACUAGUCAUGAUAGGCAGGAUGUUGAUGGACCUGCUGUACUUCAUCAUUAUCCUGAUGGUCUUUGUUGUCUCCUACUCCAUAGCAGCUCACUCUAUCAUGUUCCCAAACACAGACCUCAGCUUCCUUCUUGUCUAUAAUGUCAUGAGGAUGGGCUAUUGGAACCUGUAUGGAGAACUUUUCUUGGAGGACAUUGAGAAGGAGGAGCCAGACUGUACAUUUGACCCCCUUUUAUAUGGUAAUGAUACGCUGCCUCGGUGUCCUACUGCUGUCAGUCAUUAUGCAGUGCCAAUUCUGAUGGGAUUUUAUGUUCUAUUUUGUAACAUACUACUCCUUAACCUUCUCAUUGCCAUGUUCAGCAAUACCUAUCAGAUCAUUCAGGAGAACACUGACCAGUAUUGGUGUUUCCAACGAUACCGCCUGAUUUACGAGUAUUACACCCGCCCUACCCUGGCCCCGCCCCUUAUUCUGAUUAGCCAUUUGGUUUUGUUCGUACGUUGGAUUAUUGGGAAAUGCUCACUGUGUUUAUCCAGUCAACACAGCGAUCUCAUAAAACGGUUCCCCUUAGACAAGGCUAGAGAACUCGUCCAGUGGGAAAAUAUGAUUGCAGAUGCAUACAUGAACCGCUUAGAACAUGAGGAGAAGGAACAUAUAGAAAAUCGAGUUAUUAACACCCAGGAGUCGAUACAUGAGCUAUUUUUCAAGCUGGAUGAGUUACAGGAUAUCCAGACCUCAUCUGGAUCAUCCGGAGCAGCCCCUGUCAUCAAAACUCCCGUGAACACAGUGGUCAAGAUGCCACCCCAGAUGGACAAGAGACUGUUGGCUCUGGAGGAACAGAUGCAGCAGAGUACUGUGGCACUCAACUGGAUAAUGAAAAUUUUACAAGAAAAUGAAAAGAAUACUGCAAAAGUCCCACCUUUGAUGCAAGAUAGAAAAGAAAAUGAGAAACAGAAAAAAGAAAAAGACAAAGCAUUGGUGAAAUCCACAGUAGACGAAAGAAAACGUCUGAACUACAAGACAAGGAUUCCCCGGUACCCACAAAGCCUGGUCAACAGGUUCCCUGUCCCAGAUGACAGGGUCGGAUGGGAGAUACCAUUUCCUGAAUAUGACCCAGUAGUCUAUGAAGCACCAGAAGUUAAGAGUCAUCCAUAUUGGGCUGACACUGUAGACCUCAUCUACAUGAAACCGGCGGAGAGAAUUGGAAAGAUCAAGUUUAAUGAUAUGAUUAUAGAAUCUGUGCGAUCGAAAAGUUAUGGGGGUGCUUACGAGGUACGUGAUGGACUACCUCUGAACCCAGGUCGUACAGGAUUAAUAGGUCGGGGACUCUUAGGCAGAUAUGGACCUAACCACUGUGGAGACCCAAUUGUGACCAGAUGGAAGAGGAAUGAUGAAGGAGAAAUUGUAAUGAAGGAAGGAAAGAAAGUAUUAGAAUUUGUGGCCAUUUACAGAAAAGACAAUGAACUGUGGUCAAUUCCAGGGGGUAUGUGUGAGCCAGGACAGAAGGUGUUCCAGUGUUUGAAGGCCGAGUUUACAGAGGAAGCUCUAGGAUCUUUAGUCAACGACCAGAACAUGAAAGACCGAAUCAACCGAGACCUACAGUACAUGCUGGAGCAUGGCGAAGAGAUAUACAAAGGAAUUUGUGACGACCCCAGGAACACAGACAAUGCCUGGCUGGAGACUCUUGUGUUCAGUUACCAUGACAACACAGGCAAAGUUCUUCAUCCAUUCCUAUUACGAGCGGGCGAGACCGUGGAAGCAGUCACCUGGUUAGAAGUCUCAUCUAGUCUCAUUCUACAUUCCUCCCACUUGUACUAUGUGAAACUUGUAGCGGAGAAACUCAACGCCUACUACUGAUCUCAAGGACACAUAGCACGAUGGAAACGGACAAGGGCAGAACUGGCCUCGUUGAAUAGAGGAAGUACAUUGAUAACUUCUUAUCUUUUGAAGAGGACUUACAAACAAAUCUUAAAUUAUCUUCUCAGAAAACCAGGCUUGUUAACUCUUUGGUUACUGACACUGAGCACAGGUGGCACUUGUAAACACUUUAUAUAAUGCUAAUCAAUGACUCACAAUUGUCUGAGAAGCAGCAGAUCUGCAAUGAAUACUUGACUUGUAAAAUGGAGUUACAUUGUAAAUGCUUAUAAUUGGCUGUGAUAGUGACAAAGUGCCUAUAACCAAAGUAUGCCUAAUCCAUCAGACACUAAAAACAGGGUAUUAUUUAAUUUAGAGAAUUAAUACCUACACACAAAACCAUUUUCCUCAGAACAAUAGAUGAAACUGCUACUUCCACAUGGUAAUUUGAAAGUUAAGGAAAUGAGUUAGAUUAGGUUGAUGUUGAAGAAACCAUUGCUCUAUAUAGGUCUGUGUAUAGUGAUAAAACAUUUUUAAAUGAAGAUAUUAUUGUGAUUCAUAUAUAUGCUUUUUAUCACUGUGUACAUAAUUGUAUGUAAUCAAAUGUCCACAAAUCUAUUUUUAUGUUAGAGUUGUCCAUGUGUUAAGAACAUGCAUUGUAGAUUACAUAUCAUGUAUUUCAUUCAAUGUGGCACAUGGUUAAAAAGUGCCUGUAAGUUACAGUUGAACUUCAGUAUAUUGAGUCAAUGUGUUGUUUCUAACCCAUUCUUAAGCAUGAAGAUUUUACUUCACAUCCUUUUAUAGCAAACUUAUGAUUUCUCAAAUGAUAUUGUUGUACUUCAUUUAUACUUUAAGAUCAGAGGAGGUUCCUCUGUUUGAGAAAACAAGUACGUUAUAACAUAAUAUGUAUCAGUUUUGUAUUCUUUGGUGGUGGGAGGGGGGGGGGUAUGUAGUUUAGUCAAACGAAUUGACAAUUAAAAUUGUCAGGAUUUGUUUAUUUUAUGAAUUAGAGAUAAGGGUACCGUGUAAAUAUUAACAAAUUUCAAAGAAAUAUACCUGUAUGUUUAUGUAUUAUUGGACUUCAAUAUUGCAUGGCUAUAGGUUGUGUUGUUUACAUUCCAUGAAAUACGUUUACAUAUUUCAUGUUUAUAAAUUUCUUCACAAAUCUUUCAGCAUGUAGUGGAAUGGUUUCAUUGACUGUUCUUGAACUGAAUAUUAGAUAUUUUAGAAAAUCGAUCCGAGACUGACCAAAUUUUUUGAUAUUUCGUUAUUAUUCAAUUACUGCUGUGUCAGCUCUCUUUCUGUAACUUCAAUGACAUGUAUCAUGUCCAUUUUCCCCCCAUGAAUGGUGUAUAUUUAUUUUUAUUUUUAUAUUAAAGAUGUAUAUACACAAAUGCUGUGAUAUGAUAAAAAAAAAAUUUACCUUUGUUUUGUUUAAAAGAUGAGAUAUCAAUAGAAAAUAACAUCCGUGGAUUUAUGUGAUUUUUGUUAUGAAAUAAAAUCAUUAUUAAUAAUAA